GACUCAUAGACUCACUGACGCAGAAACAGCGAGGAGUUGAAAUUAAAGGAACCUAUUCCACUUGGAUUGGAGACAUGACCAAAGAGACUGAGACUCUGGGACUGGUCUUUCAGAGCGAGAACUUCAACUAUAACCGUUACACUAACCACGUCAUGGAAUCCUGGUCCUACCUGGAGAGCCCUGUCCCCGAGCCAAACCACUCCAAACCCAGACUCCACCCAGGAGAUGACCUGGCAGCCUUAACCAUGCUUUAUGAACAGUGCAAGAGCCAGAAAGAGCAGAAGAUUGCUACCUGCAACCGCGCUGGCAACAUCUGCAAAACCGAGAGGAAUCCAACCAACAGCAGUGACUUUGUUUCAUUGGAGGGGUCUGCCAACAUCAUGAAGCUCCUCUCAGAGAGUCCUCAAGAGGUUGUGGGUUCCAAACAUCCCACCUCCCUGCCAAGCUCUGUUCCCAACACCUCAGACACCUACGCCAACCUAACCAGUGUCGUAGCUGACACUUACGACAAGCAGGAACUCAAUAUCAUAUUUGACUCCCUGCUGCAGAAGUGGCCAGAGCCCAGUGCUUUCCCAGACCACAGCACUGAGACCCUUCCCUACAGCGAUCCCUUUACCGAGGACCAGUCCAGCCCUGUGUACUCGGGCUCCUACACCUGCUCCCCACCAGAGAGAUUCAGGAGUGACUUUCAGUUUUCCCUGGGAGCUCCCCUUGCUUCUACAUAUAAGUCCAAUGAGCUGCCCAUGGUCUACCUGAACAAGGGCCAAUUCUACCCCAUCACUCUCCAAGGAGUGGACAACAGUGCCUGCCUCAAUGCCACCAAAGUCAAGACAGUGGUGAUGGCUGUGUUUGAGAAUGACAAGAGCCCAGAAAUGCAGCUCCGUUUUUGGAAUCACUGGCACGCGCGCCAGCCAACUGCCAAGCAGAGGGUCAUUGACAUCGCGGACUACAAAGAAGUGUUCAGCGGCAUUAGCAACGUAGAGGAGGUGGCUUUCAACGCUCUCUCCUUUGUUUGGAACCCCAAUGAAGAGGCCAAGGUGUACAUUGGCAUCAACUCCCUGAGCACAGACUUCUCAUCUCAGAAGGGAGUGAAAGGCCUGCCUCUAAACAUCCAGAUUGACACUUAUGAUUUCAGCUCAGGAACCAACCAGCUCCUACACAGAGCUGCCUGCCAGGUCAAGAUUUUCUGUGAUAAGGGUGCAGAGAGGAAGAUGCGUGAUGAGGAGAGAAAGAGAAGCAAAAGGAGAGGAAAGAACGAUGCUAACACCAACAAGUCUUUGGUGACCAGUUCCAUGGGCAGUGACUGCACCUUCUUCCAAACCCUGGAUGACCACGUCACCCAGCCAGUUCUCUUCAUUCCAGAAACACACCUCUCCUGCUUACAACGCAUAGCCACUCCCAUGGACGAGAUCGAAAGGAGUUCUAUGAAGAGAUCGUAUCAAGACAGAGAUAAAAACUGCUCUCCAUCCAGCAAGCAAGCCCGCAGAGAAGACCCUCAAAGAGUUCUGCUGUACGUGAGGACAGUCGCUGAAGAGGUGUUUGAUGCGCUCAUGCUCAGCACACCAACGCUGUCAGGCCUACGAGAAGCUGUUUCAGAAAAGUACGGUAUGCAAAAAGACACCAUUGGGAAAAUCUACAAGAAAUGCAAGAGAGGGAUUUUUGUAAACAUGGACGACAACAUCAUUGAACACUACACCAACCAGUCAGCCUUCCUCAUUGAGAUGUCCGAGGUCGUCGGUGGUCAGUUCCAGGUCACUCUCAUUGAAGUAUGAGAAUCCAAUCAGCUACCUGCUCUAUUGAAGGAUGUAACAAAUCAGCGCUGCCAGUUAGAAAACAUGCCUGUUAAAAGCACUGCCCCAUCAAAGACAAUGUAACCUGUGGACUGCCAGUAAGAGGACUGGACUGAAGAGACUUCCAGUUUUUCCAACCUCAACCAAAGUAGAAAACGUCAAACCGUUUCUUGAUUUUUGUAAAUACCACUCAUCCCAGUUCUUUUUAUUUUUUAUUUGAAUUUAAUAUUGUAACGUAAGAGCAAUUAUGAUGAACAGUGUGUACAUAUAUAAUGUAAAUAGAUUUUAAUAUGACAGUGUUGUAUAAACUAGCCAUGUGCAUGCCGCAAUCCAUUUUCCAUGAAUUGCUAUGUAUUUCAAUUUUUUUACAGAGCUCUGUGCAUGAUUUGUGUACAGUGUUUUAUUCAGCAUUUUCAGAGGUUGCUAUUCUUGCUGCUUUCAAUGUACUCAUCAUUUCUUCUACAAGACCCAAUGGUGCAUUUGCUCACCCCACAACCUACUACUGGUGUUUUUCACUGCCAUAAGUAUCUUCCUGUAGGUUCUUGUUAGUUUCACGACUACAAUGGCCCAACACUGGGUUAAAUUGAGAACCUAAAGUCAGACAUUUCCACCCACUCAAGAGUUAGUCUUGGCCAUCAUUUAGCUGAAAGCAGUGGACAUUUCCUGACCGUAUAGCAUAACCACAGAGUUUUCCUGGAAACAGUUCAAACCCUCCAAACCAUAAGGCCUGCUGGAGGACUUUCAGAGUAUGUGUGUGUUUGUGUAAAAAUUUUUUUUUUAAAGGAUUUUUUCCCCUUAUACGUUACACAUCAUUUCAAAACUAACGUGUAUCCCCAAGAUAUUUCAUUAUUAUAGCAUGGCAAAUCUGGUUGUAUUAAUAGUACCUUGCCUCUUUUGUAAGAAAAUAAAGGAAAUGCAUGACAGGU